AUGCCUCGCCACAAUAUUAUGUCUUUCAUUACUCCAAAUGAUUUAAAAGAUGAGUCUUCUUCUUCCUCCUCCUCCUGCAUCUUCUUCUUCCUCCUCUUCCUUUAUCACCUCUUACUACUACUACUAUUACUUCUUUGUCAUCUUCUUCUUCCUCAUCCUGCAUUUUCUUCCUACUCCCCUUCUUCUUCUCUCUUCUUCCUUCUCUUCCUCCUUGUUGUUGUUGUUGUUCUUCCUCCUCUUCAUUCACCUCUUACUACUACUACUACUACUACUACAUCGUCGUCUUCUUCCUCCUCCUGCAUCUUCUUCUUUCUCUUUCUCCUCCUCCUCCUUCUUCUUCUUCUUCUUCUUCUUUUCCCCCUCUUUCUUCCGUUUUCUUCCUCUUCCUCUUCCUCCGCCUCCUUCUUCCCUUUUCUUCUUCCUCCUCCUCCUUCCCUUUUCUCCCCCCCUCAUCCUUCUUCUACUUCCGCAACCUUCUCCUCCUUCGUCUUCUUCUUCCCUGUUCCUCCUCCUCCUUCUUUCUUCUUCCUUCUUCUUCUUCUUCCUCCUCAUCAUCCUCCUUCUUCUUCUUUUGCUUCAUCUCCCUUCUUCUUCUUCUUCUUCUACAUUCUUCUUCCUUAUCCUUCUUGUAUACUUUCAUGA